AUGUCAAACGAACAAGAUAGAACCCAGAGCAUCUCGGCCGAGGUCGGUAGCUCGCCAGUCGCACUCGACGGAGAACCCGCCGUUGCACUCUCAUCCUCGCCCAUAGAUCGAAGAGCCAGCACCGACGAAUGGGACGCAUCCAAGGUACCCCCGAGCCGCUUCCAAAAGCGCAAGGGUUCCAUCUACGCCACGCCGGGUUCCCGUGAUGGCCACGUCGACCGCAACUACGCCUCGGGGUUCCAUGAGAAGCACACCGAGAAGGGCUAUACCAAGACGCCCGCGAAAUAG